AUGCAUAGCAAUGCUACCUUAAGUCCUGUUUCCAUGGAAAUAGGAUCUCUCUUGACACAUUAUGACGCCGCUGGUGGUGUCGGUAAACUUACAACUUCAAAUGUUCACGAAGAUUUGACUGUUGUAGAGCCGUUCGUUGGCAAGGCUCUCUAUUUGAAGAUCGUCCUCACCAGCAACAACAAUGAAGAGGUCUCCAAGAUAUAUGAUGUGGACUACAAAUGCAAGAACGCCAAGAAACUACUAGCUAAAGUUUGUCCAGACCCUUGCGCCUGGGAGCUAACCCGAGAGGUGUGAAGCGAUAUAAGCUCGAUUUAGGAAUUGAAACACACUGUGCUACCCGGUGCCAUUGUUCGGUGUUUCAGUUUAUCAUAUUAAUCAAUAUUGCGGUGGGCACGAGCCAGGAUCCCUUUCAAGUUACGUUUCAUUUCA